CGCUCAAUACCUCCUACAUCCUCUAUGUUACCAAAUUCACAACAUGGCAGAUAUUCUAAACACCGAAAAUGUUCUGGGGAUUGCCCAGAAAGCUCUACAGGGAGACAGGAAUGUUGAAUUCAGCCUCAAGACUACUUACGAAGCUAUCGCUCUCAUCGGUCAUGCAUGUAUGCUGGCUGUGGACUUUCGUCUAGUCGGCCUUAGCGAAGAACACAAUAUAGAAGGCUCAUCGGAGAAUCCAUCCCUCCCGCCGGAAUGGAACGCAAACGACACCUUCUCCUUUCGAUAUGCCCACUUGCAGUCGUCCAUGCAAUAUCUGCUUAAGGUUAGCCGGAUAGGAAACAAUGCCGUUGUGUUUGCCCUGGCACUAGGCGAUGACAGAACCACCUCCUUUGAUAUUCCGGUCAAAGACUUCAUUUCAGCAUCCUCUUUACCCCUGUCAUCAACGGAAUCAAGAACCAGUCUCAAGGAUGUAUUCAUUUCUACAUCCCGUUUGGCCGAUUUGAUUGGGCUAUUCAAGAUCAACGUAAUCCAAAAACUCGCCCCUGGACUAUACAAGGAAGGAUAUGAUGCUUCGAGUCAGUCAAUCCGGGAACAGCCGCGAGAGGGGCCCCCACGGCGUGAUCCUUUGAGAGAUGAUACACUCCCACAGCCCGCGCGCCCGUACCCGUUCGACGACCCCCUAGCGGCAGGCCCUCGGCGACCAUUUCCUCCGGGUGACUUUGCACCACCAGGAUUUGAAGAUGAAUAUGAAAUCCAGAGGCCACCUCGAGGGUUCGCUCCCGGUCAGGGAGGCAGAAACCCGCUCAGUAUAGGAGAUCGAGAUCUGUAUCCUCCCGGGCUAGGUCCUCAUGAUCCUCUACAUGGAGGUAUUGGGCCGGGCCUCGGCGGAGUCGGUGGCGGAGGUAUGCACCCAACUUUUGAUGAUCCUAUAUUUGGCGGUCAGGAGGGAAGAGGAUAUGACCCACAGGCACCUCCUGGAGCACGGUAUGAUCCUGUAGGACCCGGGGCAGGUCCGCCAUUUGGACGAGGGCGCGGUCCCUUCGGCGGACGUGGCGCCGGCGGAGGCGGAGCUGGCGGGUUUGGGUUCGGCGGUGACAUCAUCUAAGCGCGCGGUUAAGCUCCGUCGGUUGUAGCUUAGUUGGGCAGAAACACAUUUCUUCCCAUAGACGACGUGAUGACAGAUUGGGAAACAUAAUUUCC